CUGUAAUUAUUGUAAUUGAGUGUUAACUUAAAAUGGCAACUGUUUUAUCGCCGAGACAAUGUGACAGCAGUCCUGCAACGCCUGGAACCCAGUCUUUAAAGGAUGACAUUGAAGAGAAUUCCAGUGAUGGCAGCCAAGCACCAAAGAGACGCCGAAUGGGCUCAGGAGACAGUUCCAGGAGCUGCGACACGACCAGUCAUGAACUUGGACCAACGUACUUUCCUGCUGAAAAUCUGACAGAGUACAAAUGGCCCCCAGACGAUACUGGAGAGUACUACAUGUUACAAGAGCAAGUCAGCGAGUAUUUAGGAGUUACUUCAUUCAAGCGGAAAUAUCCUGACUUGGAAAGAAGAGAUCUCUCUCACAAGGAGAAACUUUACCUGCGGGAGCAAAAUGUUAUCACAGAGACACAGUGUACUUUAGGACUUACUGCUUUGCGCAGUGAUGAGGUCAUUGAUUUGAUGAUCAAGGAGUAUCCAGUUAAACAUGCAGAGUACUCUGUGAUUCUUCAAGAGCGGGAGCGGCAAAGGAUCACUAAAGAAUAUUCAGUAAGCACUCUGAGUGCUCAUAUGCAGCAGCAAAAUCCUCAGAGGGUUGAAGCCAGCAAAGUGCCAGAGUACAUCAAGAAAGCUGCUAAAAAGGCAGCUGAGUUUAACAGUAAUUUCAACAGAGAGCGCAUGGAGGAAAGAAGAGCUUAUUUUGAUCUUCAAACGCAUAUAAUUCAGGUACCUCAAGGGAAAUAUAAAGUCCUGCCACCAGAAAGGACCAAGACAGGACCAUAUCCCGUUGCCCUCAUCCCAGGCCAGUUCCAAGAAUACUACAAAAGGUACUCUCCAAAUGAGCUGCGCUACCUUCCCUUGAACACAGCACUGUAUGAGCCCCCACUGGACCCUGAACUGCCAGCCCUGGACAGUGAUGGGGAUUCAGAUGAUGCUGAGGAGGGCAAAGGAGAAGACAGCAAGAAAAACAAAGGCUCCUCUGACAGUUCAUCCGGAAACACCUCAGAUGGAGACAGCCAGGACAGCGGGGUCCAAUCCAAAGGCAAGAAUAAGGAUCGGGCAGGCACCCAGAGCAAGGACGCCACUCCUCGCCCCCUCCAACACAAAUCUGUCCCUGGGUACAAGCCUAAGGUCAUUCCCAAUGCUAUAUGUGGCAUAUGCCAGAAGGGUAAGGAGUCCAACAAGAAGGGCAAACCAGAGGCACUCAUCCACUGCUCCCAAUGUCAUAAUAGCGGUCAUCCAUCCUGCUUGGAUAUGAGUGCCGAGCUGGUGGUGCUGAUAAAGACCUACCCAUGGCAGUGUAUGGAGUGCAAGACGUGCACCGUUUGUGAGCAGCCGCACCAUGAGGAGGAGAUGAUGUUCUGUGACAAGUGUGAUCGUGGCUUCCACACAUUCUGCGUAGGCAUGGACUCCAUUCCGCUGGGCUGCUGGGUUUGUGAUUGCUGCAACAAUGAUUCCUCCUCACCUAAGAAAAAAUGGACAGCAAAAACACCCAAAAAAUCCAAAUAAGUUUCCAACUGACGUCAGUCAGCUCUGCUGUUUGUGUGACAAUUUUGAUAAUGAUUUCUAUUUUUAAUUGCUUUUUAUUAAUUGAAGGUCUAGACAUGCAAUCAACCAAUGUUGUUGUACUUUGUAGUUUGUCCUGUACAGCUGUUAACCUAUACUUGAUGGUGAUUUGUUUUUUUUAUU